AUGGCGCCUGGCAUGUCCCUCCACAGCGUCGUUGCCAUACUCAUAUUAUCCACCGACUCGUCGCCCGAUGCCUCCAGACUGUUCGCCAAAUACUAUAAUCCUCCGCAUGCCGCAACCGCACAACAACAACACCCUCCGCAAUCCCAACCAUACCCUCAUUUGAAAGAACAGAAGGCCUUUGAAAAGGGAUUACUGGAGAAGACCUCAAAGCAGACCUCCGACGUGAUCCUGUACGACAACAAAGUCGUGGUAUUCAAGAUGGAAAGCGAUGUUAUGCUCUACGUGGUGGGCGGCGCAGAGGAGAAUGAGAUUCUGUUGUAUAAUGUCGUAUUGGCUCUGAGGGAUACGUUGAGCAUAUUGUUAAAGAACUCGACAGACAAGCGCACAAUCAUGGAAAACUACGAUCUGGUAACAUUGGCCAUUGAUGAAAUUGUCGACGAUGGCAUAGUGUUGGAGACGGACCCCGUGAUGGUGGCAUCGAGAGUGUCCAAAGCCCCCGCACAGGACGCGCCGAACAUGAAGAACAUCGACCUCAGUGAACAAGGGAUACAGAAUCUCUGGGAAUUUGGGAAGAAGCAGGGAAUGGAGUUCGUCCGGAGAAACUUGUGA